GCUGGCCAGGCUUCCCUCUGUUUGCAGUGCUGCAGGACACUCAGAAGCAUCUCCAGUGGCUGCUGGGAGCUGAUGGCUCUUGGGUGACACUUGUGUCCUGCACAGCCCUUGGGGCAUGUGUAGGCCAACAGGAGAAUGAACUGGGCCCUGGCUCUCAGGGAGGAUCUCAGGAGACUGCGCUUUGGGGACACUUCACUGCUCACAGAACAAAGUGUUCUGAACAGCAACGCAAAGUAGAAGAGACUUAAACUGCAGGUACAGUGUACUGUUUGCACUGAAGAAUUUUGUGUGUGGACACAGAAGAGCGGACGACCAAAAUGGAUCCCUUGGAACUGAGAAACGUCAACAUUGAACCCGAUGGAGAGAGCAUCAGCGGAGAAAGUGUUCGGGAUAACUACACGAGGCUGGGAAGCUCACCAAAGGCAGCAAUAAACAGUCAAUUUGCCAAUGAUGAUGCUGAAAGUCAGAAAUUCCUGACAAAUGGAUUUUUUGGGGAAAAGAAGCUGGCAGAUCAUGAUGAUGAACAUCAUCCCGGACACACCUCCUUUGGAAUGUCUUCAUUCAAUUUGAGCAAUGCCAUCAUGGGCAGUGGAAUCUUGGGCUUGUCCUACGCCAUGGCCAAUACAGGAAUCAUACUUUUUGUAAUCAUGCUGCUUACUGUGGCAAUAUUAUCACUCUAUUCCGUUCACCUUUUGCUAAAGACUGCGAAGGAAGGAGGGUCUUUAAUUUACGAAAAAUUAGGGGAAAAAGCAUUUGGAUGGCCUGGGAAAAUUGGAGCUUUUUCUUCCAUUAUAUUGCAGAAUAUUGGAGCAAUGUCAAGCUAUCUCUUUAUCAUUAAAUAUGAACUACCUGAAGUAAUUAGAGCAUUCAUGGGACUUGAAGAAAAUACCGGAGAAUGGUACCUCAAUGGCAACUACCUCAUCAUAUUUGUGUCUAUCGGAGUCAUUCUUCCACUUUCUCUUCUUAAAAGUUUAGGUUACCUUGGUUAUACCAGCGGAUUUUCUCUUACCUGCAUGGUGUUUUUUGUCAGUGUGGUUAUUUACAAGAAAUUUCAAAUACCCUGCCCUCUCCCUAUUCUGGAUCACCAUGCUGGAAAUGUGACAUUCAACAAUACACUUCCGAAGCACUUGGUAAUGUUACCUAACAAUUCUGAGAGUAGUGGUGUGAACUUCAUGCUGGAUUACACCCACCAGAAUCCUGCAGGGAUAGAUGAGAACCAGGCCAAGAGCUCCUUUCAUGGCAGUGGAAUAGAGUUUGAAGCAAAUGAUGAUGACAAGUGUCAACCCAAGUACUUUAUAUUCAAUUACCGGACGGCCUAUACAAUUCCUAUCCUAGCCUUUGCUUUUGUAUGCCACCCUGAAGUCCUUCCCAUCUACAGUGAACUUAAAGACCGGUCCCGGAGGAAGAUGCAAACAGUGUCUAAUGUUUCCAUCUCAGGAAUGCUCAUCAUGUACCUGCUUGCUGGCCUGUUCGGUUACCUAACCUUCUAUGGAGAAGUUGAAGAUGAGUUACUUCAUGCUUACAGCAAAGUGUACACAUUUGACACGCCUCUGCUCAUGGUGCGCCUGGCAGUCCUUGUGGCAGUAACACUAACUGUCCCCAUUGUCCUCUUCCCAAUUCGUACAUCAGUGAUCACACUGUUAUUUCCAAAAAGACCUUUUAGCUGGAUAAGACAUUUUCUGAUUGCACUCAUAAUUAUCGUAGUAAAUAAUGUUUUGGUCAUCCUCGUGCCAACUAUAAAAUACAUCUUUGGAUUCAUAGGGGCUUCUUCUGCUACCAUGUUGAUUUUCAUACUUCCAGCAGCUUUUUAUAUUAAACUUGUCAAGAAAGAAUCUUUUCGAUCACCCCAAAAGAUUGGGGCUUUCAUUUUUCUUGUGGUUGGAAUCAUCUUCAUGAUUGGAAGCAUGGGACUCAUUAUAAUGGACUGGAUUUAUGAUCCCCCAAGUUCCAACGGGCAUCACUAACCAAGAAAAAAUACUUUUCUUUUUCUAUUGAAAAUGGUUGGAAUUUAUGCUGCAAAAGACAUUUGCAUUUUCUUUGCUGAAAUGUUAUUCAUAGGAAAUAACAGAAAGAUCCCAAAGACAUCUGUUUACUAGUAAGAUCACCAGCUACCUGCAUAAGAAAAAAAUCAUUUUUGUCAAGAACUCUGCUCAUGACUUUAAAAACUGUGGUGCAUAUUUUUACCCGGUUUUACUAGAGUAGCGUGAGAUGAUAUGUUUUUAUUCUGUACAGCAUAAAGAAAAGGAUAACCAUAUGUAAUAGUUACCACUUCCCCCCACCAAAAAAAAAGAGAGAGAAGAAGAAUAUUUGUACUCUUAAAAUAUCAACUAAAAAUGCCCUGAUAGCAAAGUAAUCACCACUUAAUUCUUUCUAAGCUCAGACCAAAUACUCUACAUCUAUUCAGUGACAAAAGAAAAAUACAUCUUAAACUGUCCAUGAAAGGACAGUUUUAAUGUCAAUGGUAAAGGAAGAGUUUGUGCAUCUUCUUUGUUAGAUUGUCUUAGUGAUUUCAUUAAAAAAAUAUACAUGUUAAAAUCUUUUGUUAAACAUAGAGAGAGGGGCUUUAUUUAAAUUACAGAGCAACAACGAAAAUAACAUUUAUAGCUGAACUGCUUGUUCUGGGAGCAGUUGUUUGGUAUUUUUAGUCCUCUUGUCAAUUUCUGUCAUUGAACAAUGCUCUCCCUCUCGUCUUCCAUUAUCAAUCAAAAUUUUUUGAAGACCACGAUUCAUGUGAACAUAAACUACCCCGUAUUUGUUUGGUACAUUUUUGAUAAACAUUCAGUGCAGGAAACUGUGAUUUACUUAUGUUAUGUAUAUAAUCUUAUUAUGUAGUCAUCUGAAUUUUAAAGUAUGGUACAUUGAUUUUUAUUUUUAUGUGUGUGGUUUCUCUCUUCACAGUCAAUACAUUUAUUCUAUUAGGGGUGGGGGCAGGGAGUCAAGUUGAUUAGCCACAACAUCCACUUGUAUAUAUCUGUCUAUUGGGGAUAUCUCAAAUUUAAAACCUAAGUUACAGAGAGUUCAGUGGUGCUCUACAAUGUUUACAAUAAUAUAAUCACCUAUAAGAAAAAUAGAACUCACGUCCUUAUUUAAAAAUAAUUACCAAUACUAAGAUUUUUCCUUUUAUCUAGCAUUUCUUAAUGACUUUAAAAUUAUGUUUGCUGACAUUCAUUUGCUUGAACUACACAAUAUUGAGUGGCUCCACGUGAAAACAAGAGUUCCAGACCUACAAAGAAAGGCAAACUAUCAUUCAUCCUCACUUCUGUAACAUAUAAAAUGGCCUUAAAAUUAGUUUCUGCUAAGAAUUUCUGGAGUUUAGCCAAAGGUCCCAAUGAUGUAAUGGUUAGCACUCUGGACUCUGAAUCUAGAAUUUCUGGAAUUUUCUACUUAAAAAAAAUAGCAAGGGCUAAUAGAGAUAGUACGUAAUAAGGUACUUGUGUUUUACACAGGCAACCUGGAUUCAACUCCCAGCAUCCUUUAUAGUCCCCAAACACUGCCAGGAGUGAUCCUUGAGCAAGAAGUAAUCACUGAGCAUCACAAACAUCACUGGGUGUAAUCCCCCCUCCAAAAAAAAAAAACAGCAAGGAUUUUGUUGUAUAGUAAAUAUUUAGCAAAACUAAGUUUAAAGCACAAGUAUAUAAGUAUAACAAUACUAAAUAAUAUUUAAUAGAUUUUCUGAAAUGUGCCUUAGAAAAUAUGUUUUAUGUAUUAUUUUCUAGAGGCAUGAUACUGGUGCACUUUGUUAUAGAUAUUGAGCAUUACUAGAAACUUUCAUAGCUUUUGAGUUACUUCUUACUGGGAAAAAAUGAUAAAUAGCGUAUUUAAGGUGUUUUUCCAAUUUCAAUCAUUGGAAGGUGUAUCAAAAUAGAAAGUGAGAAUAACUUCUGAGGGUUAAAAAUAUAUCAUCUAAAUGUAUUUAAAUGUAAAUAUAAAACAUUAAUGAAAAUGGAGAACUGUAAGAGCUGUAUAUAUUUUGAAUGACUAACUUGAAAAUAUCAAGUCUGUAAUUAUAUCAACAUUCAAGAGCAAUACAAGUGCCAAAUAAGAAAGCACCAUUUUUUUUCCUCAUUGCUAUUUUCAGGAUUGGAAUAUACAUUGACUGCAGGUCAGAUAUACAUAGGGUAUAUUGUACUAGUUAAUUCAACCCCAUUUGUAAGCAGAUGAAAAUUUUAUUUUCUUAUUUCAUUUAUAAGGUGGUUCAGUGUAUGAGAAGGCUUUUUUAUUACAGAAAGUGUAUAUUCAUAUAUAAUAAAUGAAUUAUUCAAAUGA